AUGUUGACCAAGUUAGGAAAGGAUACCAAGUUGAUAGUUAUCAGCAAGCACCGCAUCUGCACUCCCAAGAAGAUAGAAAAAUGUAAUUGUCAUCGGCAUCGUUGCCUCCUGGUGGCACUGGCGUACCUCUUCCGCUGCUCCCAUGUCUCCAUGCUGUCCAUGCUCUGGCGAAUGGCGUGCAACGCGGGCCAGCCACUGAGAGGAUUCUCGCGAGACGCGGCCUGGAGUGUGAUGCAGGGGGUGAAUGCGCCAUUUACCGAAGUGAAUGACCAAGAGAUCUACGACAGUUUCUACGAUCGCUGCGGAAUGGCCAUCGAUCCAUUUGACCCGGACAACACCUACAAGAUGCUGCGCCUGAUGUUCAUCAACACGGCCCUAGGCCCGGAUCAGCGGAUGGGUCUGAUGCGCAUGCUGGAAAAGCUGAAUGAGUGCUCCUUCCGGCAGGUCAAUCUGGACCUGCUUCUGCAAACGCUCGCCUCCAUCAGCAUUGACGAAUUCGUCUACAGCCUCAUCCAUCAGCACAAGCUAAACGCCGGCAAUGCCAAGCUAUCCAAGGAUCUGUCGCAGCUCUACGAACGCGUGGGCACCACCAAUAAGAACGCCAUCAUACGAAACCGCGAUCGCCGUGACAGAGGGAAGGUCGACGUGGCUAUGGGUGUCGACCCUGUGAAGGGGGCAUCCGACCUGUCUCGCAACACCAUAGUAUACUGCAUCCCUGGCUCAAGGGAUACCAGCUCUGAACAAUCGCCUUCAAAUCCCAGUGGCUGCCUGCGGUACGCACCAAAGGGGAAGGACAAGCGGCGGAAAAAUAACAGCAAUGGACGAAUGCUAAGUGGCCGCACGGGCACAGAUCCAUAA